CCCCCAAUUCGAUUCAAAAACCUGUUUUCUGCUCAAAGUUUCAAUCCUCCGGAAAUGGAUCGUUUGAAGCUUUUCGACAGCGACGGCGAUUCUUCAGACGAAGACCUAUCUAAAAUUGAAAUCAACCAGGAAUUUGCCAAACGCUACGAGCACAACAAGAAGCGAGAGGAGCUGCACAGGUACGAAGCGCUCAAGAAGCAGGGCAGAGUCGACUCAUCGGACUCGGAUUCAGAGGAAUCGUCGUCUGGGGAGGAGGAGUUGAAGAAACCGAGUAAGAAGACUGACACUAAAUUUUUUGAGGCGUUGAUUAAGGUGAAAAAUCAAGACCCGGUUUUGAGGGAGCAAGAUGCGAAAUUGUUCGAAUCCGAUGACGAGGAUAGCGAUGAAGACGAGGAUACUGCUAGCAUGAAGAAGGGGAAGCCUAUGUAUUUGAAAGAUGUCGUUUCGAAGCAAUUGAUUGAGGCGGGUCCAGAGUUAAGUGAUGAAGAGGACAUAAUUGGGGAUGACGGCGCGAAUGAUAAGCUGAAGAGUUAUUCGCAAGAGCAGGAGGAGCUGAGGAAGCAGAUUGUGAAAUCUCUGGAGGAGGGGAAAUCUGAUGAUGACGAUGAUGGGGAUUUUUUGAGAGUGAAGAGUAGUGCCAAGGAUGAGGAAGAUGAAGAGGAGGAUAAUGUGCUUGGGGAGAAGAUGAAUGAGUAUUUUGGAGACGAUGAGAAGUUGGAUAACGAAGAGAUGUUUUUGAAGGAUUAUUUUCGGAAAAGGAUGUGGAUUGAUGAAGAGAAAAGUCAAGGCCAUGGCGAUGUGGAUGUAAACAUUUCAGAGGAUGAGGAUGAGGUGGAGAAGCAAGAGGAUUAUGAGAGGGAAUUCAACUUUAGGUUUGAGGAGAAUGCUGGCGACAGGGUGAUGGGGCAUUCGAGGAAAGUGGAGGGAUCCGUGAGGAAGAAGGACAAUGCGAGGAAGUCACAGAGGGAGAGGAAAGAGGAGAGGAUUGGGCAGGCGGAGUUUGAGAGGAAGGAGGAGCUGAAGAGGUUGAAGAAUCUGAAGAAGAAAGAGAUAAAGGAAAAGUUAGAGAAGAUUAGGGAGGUGGCUGGGACUGAAGGGAUCUUUCUAGAUAAGGAUGAUUUGGAGGAUGAAUUUGAUCCUGAAGCACAUGAUAAAAAGAUGAAUGAAGCAUUUGGUGAGGAGUAUUAUGGUGCUGAGGAUGUUGAUCCGCAGUUUGGGACUGAUGAUGAUGAAGAUGAGGAGCUUGAGAAACCAGAUUUCGACAAAGAAGAUGAGUUGCUUGGACUUGACAAGGGUUGGGACGAGGUGGAUAAGUCGGGAGAAGGGUUCAAGUCGUUUAGAGAACGAAUUAUUAAAGAUAGGUUAGCCAGUGGGGAGGAGGAAGAAGAUGGAGAGGAUGAGGGAAAGCAGAGGGGAAGUAAGAGGAAGAGGAAGCACAAGCCGAGCGAAGUAGAGAAGGCGGUUAUAGAGGAGCUAUUGGAUGAGUACUAUAAGUUAGAUUAUGAGGACACCAUUGGAGACUUGAAAACUAGAUUCAAAUACAGACCAGUUAAGGCUAAGAGAUUUGGAUUGAGCGCGGAAGAGAUUCUUGCUCUGGACGACAAAGAGCUGAAUCAGUAUGUCUCUUUGAAGAAGAUAGCUCCAUAUAGGGAGAAGGAAUGGAAGGUACCUAGGAUCAAGACUAUCCAGCUAAAGGAGAGUAAAUACAGAAAGGGUAAUACUUCUAAGGCUGUUGAUGAAGACAGGAAGGGGAAGGGGAAGGGGAAGGGGAAAGAGGUGGAGGUUAAUGCGGUUGGAAGUGAGAAAUCACGGCCAGUGGAGUCGAAUGGGGAGGAGAAAACUGUUUCAAGAAAGAGGAAGAGAAAACAGCAACAGGCUGAGCUCAAGAUAUCACAGUCCAGGCUUAUGGCAUAUGGGAAAAUUCCAUCCAAAUCUAAGAGCAAGAACUGAUUUUUUUUGGAUACUUUGAUGUUUAGAAGGUGUUGUGUUUCUGCAAGCACACAUAUAAUCUGUUUGUUGAUGUGCCUAGUAAUGUUUUCUUUUUUGCUUUGCUUGCUGCUCUUUCUUUGUUUGGCCAUUUAUGAUGAGAAUGGUUGUUUCAGCAUUAGCAAAAGAGUGUGUAAUUUUGGAAGAUGAACAUUAUGAAUGAAUUUGGCCGUGUUUAUUAA